AUGGCCUCACAAAUCAAGGUUGAAAUUAUCGAGAGGCAAACAGUUAAACCCUCCUCCCCAACUCCUCAUCACCUUAGAAAUUAUGAGCUCUCUCCUUUUGAUCAGAACGCUUUUCAAAUCUUCCUCUCACUCCUUCUCGUCUAUCCAAAUGCUGAUGCUACUACUAACAAUGAAAGAUGUCAGCAUCUGCUCCAAUCCUUAAGUAAAACUCUGACUCACUUCUACCCUUUAGCAGGAAGAAUCAAAGGUGACGCCGUGAUUGAGUGCAACGAUGAUGGAGCUGAAUUUGAGAAAGUCCGAGUCAAUUGCUCUAUAUCGGAGAUUUUGGAACACCCAGAUCCCGAGAUGUUAGGACGAUUCCUUGCUAUUGAACAUGAGUCCAGUGAAUCGGUCACAGGCACAUUGCUUCGUGUUCAAAUCAACUUGUUCGAGUGUGGUGGAAUGGCAAUUGGGCUUAGCAUUUCGCAUAAGUUUGCUGAUACCGCAACACUGAGCACAUUCAUCAACUGUUGGACUGCAACUGCUCAUGAUAAGUCAAAAAAGGUAAUGUUUCCCAAAUUUGGGGCAGCGUCUCUGAUUUCACCACUAAAUUUGUCCAACUCAGAGCCACCGCCAUUCCAACCCGAGGAUGCCGCCAAAGAAAAAUGCAUGACAAGGAGGUUUGUGUUUGAUGCCUCAAAGAUUGCUGCUCUCCAGUCUAAAGUAGCCAGCUCAGUUGUGCCCAAACCAACAAGAGUAGAAGCAGUUUCAGCACUCAUUUGGAAAUGCCAAAUUGAAGCAUCAUCCAGAUCAUCAUCAAACAUGCUGGGGACUAGCCUAAUAAGGUCAUCAGUCUUCUGUCACCCCAUGAACCUGCGUAAAUAUGCAGUGCCGCCCUUGCCAGAAAACUUGGUUGGGAAUCUAGUGGAUUUUUCAGUAGCAGACUACUCUCACCCCGGAGAGAGUACUAGUGUGAUAGAUUUGAAAGACUUGAUUGCAAAAAUCAAGGGAGCGCUUGAAGAAAUAAAAGAGCGUUGUGCUUCAAAAGUAGCAUUCGAUUCUAACAAAGCAAGGGAAAAAAUGAUAGAGUACAUGGACGUGGUGAAAAAUGCUGACAUAGACAUGUAUGUCUGCUCAAGUUGGUGUCGAUUUCCAUUUUAUGAAGCCGAUUUCGGAUGGGGAAAGCCAUCAUGGGUGAGCUACGUUCCUGUUGAAGCAAACAAUCUAACUGUUUUGAUGGACAAAAGAGAUGGCAAUGGAAUAGAAGCAUGGGUCAAUCUGAGCCAAGAAAACAUGGCCUUAUUUGAAAGCAACGAGGAGCUGCUUGCGUAUGCUUCUCUCAAUCCUAGGGUCACCUACUGA